AUGGAUCCGGCCCUGUUACGAGAACGGGAAGCGUUUAAGAAAAAAGCACUAGCAACGCCAAGUAUAGAAAAGAAAAAGAGAGAUGAUUCCCAGUUCAAAGAUGAGUCCAAAAAGAAAUCAAAGUCCUCAAGUUCAGUCAGCACCCAACCAAAGCUUGAUGCUACAAAUUAUAAAACGAUGACAGGCAGCUCCUCGUAUCGGUUUGGUGUAUUAGCCCGCAUUGUAAGACAUAUGAGAGCAAGGCAUCAAGAAGGAGAUGAUCACCCACUGACUUUAGAUGAAGUUCUUGAUGAAACCAAUCAGUUGGAUGUUGGUAAUAAAGUAAAACAGUGGCUGCAAACAGAGGCUCUACAAAAUAACCCUAAAAUAGAGUGCACACAAGAUGGAAAAUAUAUAUUUAAGCCUGUAUAUAAAAUAAAAGAUAAAAAGUCACUACUAAGGUUAUUAAAGCAACAUGACUUGAAAGGACUAGGUGGAAUUUUGUUGGAAGAUGUACAGGAGUCUUUACCGCAUUGUGAAAGAGCUCUCAAACACUUAGCCCAAGAAAUACUGUACAUAACGAGGCCUACAGAUAAGAAAAAAAUAUUAUUCUAUAAUGACAAGACUGCCACUUUAGACGUGGAUGAAGAAUUUGUUAAGUUAUGGCGAGCUACAGCCGUAGACGCAAUGGAUGACGCCAAAAUCGAAGAGUACUUAGAAAAACAAGGUAUCAAAUCAAUGCAGGACCACGGCCCUAGAAAACCAAUUGUACCAAAAAGAAAGAAAACCACGCAAAAAAGAAGACAAUUUAAAAAGCCUAGAGAUAAUGAGCAUUUGGCUGAUGUGCUUGAAACUUAUGAGGAUAAUACAUUGACUCAGAAAGGCGUCUCUAUAAAAUAA